UGCUUUGAUGCUUUUGCUCCAGUGCCAGCAAAUGAAGCUGAAUGCAGCGUUCAAUAUUGAGCUCCGCUAGCGCGCACAGUGUGAAAUAGCAACGGACUUUUCAACCAAUCAGAAAGCACCUGUCAAACACGUGGUCCGCAAGGGUGCGUACCUUGGAAGUCAUCGUCAAAAUUUGCAAGCACUGGCAAGCACUGAGCAGGGAGGGAAGCAGGAAGUUUGUCGGUGAAAGUGUGAGAUUCGCCAUCGCCAUUCGUGCAAUUUUGUAGCGGUUUGUAGAGGUUGGCCAAAGAGCAACAGGCGAGAAGGGCUAGCGGGUGCAGGGUUAUCGGCAAGCUCAAAGCUAUCUUGGACUGAGUAAGAGGGCAACUCGUUGAGAGAAGGCGACCAUAAGUUUAUCUCAAGAUGGCCGCUGGUGCAGGCACCUUCCUCUCUCGUUUGGGCCAGCUGGGAGUGCUUGUAGGAAUUGGUGGGAGCGCUCUGCAAGCGUCCCUUUACACAGUUGAUGGAGGUGAGCGUGCGGUCAUCUUCGAUCGUCUCGUCGGAGUGAAGGACCAGACGGUGGGCGAGGGCACGCACUUCCUCAUCCCCGUACUGCAAAAGCCCUACAUCUUUGAAGUCCGCACACGCCCGCGCUCCAUCACCUCAGUCACCGGUACAAAAGAUCUUCAGAUGGUCAACCUGACGCUGCGCGUGCUCUCCAAGCCAGACGUAGACCGCCUGCCUCGCAUCUUCACAACGCUGGGCGUUGACUACGACGAGCGCGUGCUGCCGUCGAUCGGAAACGAAGUCCUCAAGGCCGUCGUGGCUCAGUUCAAUGCGGACCAGCUGCUGACGGAGCGUCCUUAUGUGUCCAAGCUGGUCCGUGAGAGCCUGGUCAUGCGGGCUAAGGACUUCAACAUUCUUCUUGACGACGUUGCUAUUACACACCUUUCUUUCGGGCAAGAGUUCUCACGAGCCAUUGAGGCGAAGCAAGUCGCCCAACAGGAGGCGGAGCGGUCGAAGUUCGUUGUCAUGAAGGCCGAGCAGGAGAAGCGCGCGGCUGUCAUCAGGGCGGAGGGAGAGAGCGAGGCAGCGCGACUGAUCUCAGAGGCUACCGCGAGCGCUGGUUCCGGCCUGAUUGAGCUGAGAAGAAUCGAGGCAGCCCGGGAGAUUGCGGGCACGCUCGCCCAGACGCCUAACGUGGCAUACCUGCCCAGCGGGGGGAACAUGCUGCUAGGGAUCAAUCCCGGGGCGCCUGAAAUGAUGAAGCGCACGACACGGUAGAAACAGGAUCAGCCGCGUGGAGAUUCUAUAGCUAUUGCUCUGACGAGCUUGUACAGCGGGAGGGUGCACGGCUUUCUUUUGAGGUGAAUAUACGAGCAUCAUGUUGGAGAGAGCAGUCGGAGUGUGCGUCGUCAACACUGUCAGUGGUUACAGCCAGCGUUCCUUUACAUUUUUUCGAGUAUUUGCAGUCCGACUGGAAUCAGUGGUCAGCUUGCCUCCUUGAGGUCGAUCUCUGCAGUCAGAUGAUGAUGUUCUCUUUCCAAACCUCGUAGCCACAUGGGCCCUAGGUUUCCAUUGCAUACACGGGAAUCGAUGUUUGAAUUUCGAACGUCUAGCUACCUUAGCAAAACGAUCAUUGCAUUCGCUAAAUCAGUCACCAAACCUAGUAUAACGACAGCUUACCCAAUCACAACUAAAUUGGCGGUGAUGAUAUUAUGCCCUUUCGUAAAUGGACAUCUGCAUAAAGGCUGGAACAAGGUUCUGUGAUCUGUAGCUAUCCAUGUCCUGUCGUUCAAUGUCCAUUCCCUCGCUG